AUGACAACAGCAUCAGUAGCAACAACAACAACAACAACAACAACAACAACAACAACAACAACAACAACAACAACAACAAUUACAUCAAAUAAUAAUACUAAUCAAGAUGAAAAAAAUCAACCGGAAAUAGGACGGAAUACUGUAGUUGAAGCAACAUAUUCAUGGCAUCCAAAAAGUGUCCUAUUAGCACAAAAUGUUUGCAUGUUAGAUGGUGAUCGAGCAAUUAUGAUACGAAAUAAGGAUUUGAGUAAAGCAAUAAUGGUAUCAAUUCGUGUUUUGGAUGAGGAAACGUUUGCAUUACGAUUGCCACAUGCUGAAUCGUUAAUUUGGAAACAAUCGGAGAAUUUGAAUGAUGUUAUUUUACCCAUAUAUUCAGGUCGAAAUUUGUCAACCUUAAUGCAUGACCGGAAUCUUCCAAUACAUUUGGCAAAUAUAAAUCGUACUCCGGAACGUGUUGUAUUUGGUGUAGUAACAAUGGUACCAAAUGUAACUGAUAUAAUGGAAGCAUUACGUUAUUGGGCUGAAACCGGUGAUGAGAAGCAAUUUCAUCUGAUACUUUAUUAUUAUCCGGAAAUGAAAAAUGCUGCAAUUGAUGGACAAACACUUUUGAUGUUAGCCGUUGACUUAGGCCUUUGGUCAGCAGUAGUUGUACUGUUAUGUAUUGGUGCCGAAAAAACAUUACUGAUCCAGAAGGAUAAUGAUGGUAAUACACCUCUUCAUAUAUUAUCUGCAAUGGAAGAUAUACCAGUUCGUGAUGCAAUGCUUCAUCGUCUAUUAUCAAAUGUUAAAAUUGAUCAACUGAUAAUAAAUAAUGAUGGAUUAACUCCACUACAACUUGCAAUUAUCACUAAUCAGCAUAAAAUUGUAGAAUCGAUGAUUCAUAUGAAACCAAUACUUCUUGUAUCGGAUGGUUGUUACUCAUUAUUACCAUUACAUCUUGCCGCAGCAUAUGGUCAUAUUAAUGUAUUAGAAAUUAUUCUUAAACAUUCUUCGGAUAUAAACAAAACAACCAAAGCUAAUCGUACAGCAUUACAUUUUGCAGUAGAACGUUGGGAUGGUAAUGCUGAUAAGGAUAUGCAACGUCUUUCUUGUAUUCAAUUACUCGUAUCCUCGGGUGUACCAUUAAAUACACGAGAUUGUGAUGGUAUGACUGCAUUACAUUUAGCAGCUCAAGCAACCCAGGGACAAGCUACAAUAAGCAAUAAUAAAAUACAAAUUGUAUUACAGAUGAAGAAAUCAAAUAUGCGUUUGGAAGAACUUGCAUCAGCAUUUCGUCCGCAGUGGCCUGUUGCGGUAAUGUGUUUUCUAAUUGCGCAAGGAGCUGAUCCGCAAAUUCGUGAUCGCACCGGAUGUGUUCCAUUUGAAUUAGUUACCGAACCAACCCUGAAGUCCUUAUUUGAACAGUAUGUUACCUGUAGGCCAAGGAAAUAUGAAAAUAGUCAGAUUUUAUCAAUUACUGCUUUCUGCAUGCAAAAAUAG